CUUUAUUUAAUAAUUAUUUAAUGAUAAUAUUCUUAUUUUUAUUAAUUUUAUAAAGCCAUCACUCAUUUCUUCAACUUUGUACUCGAUCAAAAAGUGACACAAAAAAUAAAACGAAGGGAGAAAUUAUUAUGAUGUUUGUUUUUUCUCACCUUAAAUAAAUUUACUAGAUAUCUAUAACUUCUAACCAGCAACAAAUAUGAAAUAGCUCUAUCCACUAAGAUUACAAAAAAAAAAAAAAAAAAAGAAUUAGCUAAUAUUUUUUGAUCUCGAACCCGAGAGAUCGAGACCUUUCAAAUUUAUUCUAUUUUUCUCUAAAACCCCGUCUCCUUAAACCCACUAUUAUAUACACAUUCGAAAGUAUUCUUGAAAAUCAAAAAUCUAAAAAAUUAAACACAAAUUUCUUCUUCCUUAUCAUAUGGGCAUUUUCAAUGUUCAUUUACUUUUCCUCCUUUUCUUCUUCUUCUUCGUUACUGUCAUAGCUACAACAAGUUAUGCAGAAAUUGCUCCACCUCCACCACCACCACCGCCACCAGCACCAAAUAGAUCUCGAGAUUCCCCAUUCCGGCCUAGCAUAGCAAUAGUAAUAGCCAUUCUCACAACAAUUUUGUCGAUCACAUUCUUGUUGCUGUUAUACGCAAAGCAUUGUAAGAAGGGUCCUUUCGGAACCAUGGCCACUGCCUCCGGCAUCUCCAGUGGCAACACUCUGCAUUCGUCUAGCUUCAGGAAAAACUCAGGCAUUGAUAGGAAGGUCAUUGAAUCCUUACCCAUUUUCCGGUUUGGUUCACUUAGAGGACAGAAAGCUGUUGAAGGACUUGAAUGUGCUGUUUGCUUGAAUAAAUUCGAACCAAGUGAAAUUCUCAGGUUGUUACCUAAAUGUAAACACGCAUUUCACGUUGAGUGUGUGGAUACUUGGCUCGACGCUCACUCUACUUGUCCUCUGUGUCGUUAUCAAGUUCAUCCUGAAGACAUUCUUCUUAUCUCACACACCACUUCUGAGAGAAAAUCUACUUCGUCCGUGUCCUCCUCCCCUAUAAAAGAAAAAUCUGCUUCUUCGACUUGCAUUAGACACUCUUCAGCUGGAGAACGAGGUACAUGCUCGUCAUCUUCAUUGCAGAUAAUUGUGGAGACACCAAGACAACAGGAGAGGCCGUCUUUUCUUAACAGGAGAAUGUCAUUGGACAGUUGGAAUUUCCACAGGAAGAAAAGCAAGUCCACAAACACUUGCUCCAUUUCAUCUUUAGCAAGAAAAGACGGAAUGUUGCUGUUGAAUAACAAUCACAAGGAUCCAGGAGAACGGCGGCUGGAGCACCGGAUAAUAAUAUCCGGUGAUCAUGAGCCGCCGCCGCCGUUGGCCAGUACGCUGCCCCAGGGGACUGCGGCACAGUACAGGUGGAGUGAUGUGGAGGCCUGUGAUAUGUUGUAUUUGCGGUCAGAGAUGAUAUUGAGCGACAGCCGUAGAUAUUCGGGGUCGAGAAAACGGAGGGAUGAGAUUGAAGGAGGAGAGGGGAGUGGCAGAAGAGUAAUAAAUGAGAGAAGUGUGUCUGAAAUGACAGGGAUGAGUAGGUUUAGAAGUAAUGAAGAAAGAGAAAGAGAAAGGAAAGGAGCAGUAAAAAGAUGGUUAGAUUGGAUUUCCCAAUCACAAAAUAAAUCUGUGUCUGUGUCUGCUGUUGCAGCUUCUUCUUCUACUUCUGCUACCUCAUGAAGUAAAUAUUUUUUGGUAUCGAAUGUUUACGGCAAAUCAAUGCGAUACCUAAAUUGAUAGAGUCUAAGUUGCGCAGAUUUUUUAUUUUUGAUGUCGUAUCCGUAUCGAGUUCUGUAAAAACACAUUCGUUUUAGCGAAUUUAACAUGUAUUUGUUGAUAUUUUUAAAGAGUUCGAGAAAUUUAGGGUAUAGUUAUUUAAGUUUUUUUUGAUGAGGAGUCUCUUUCAUGAUGAGAUGAGUUAAAGAGUACCAAAAAAAAAAAUGAUGAAAUCAUAUUGUAAUAGUAGUACAAGUAGUUUUGUACUUUUAUUAGUUAGUAGAAAGUGAAGAGUGGUAGUUUGGAAAUAGAUCCUUUUUUUUUGUCAAGGAGCAUUUUUAAAAAGAGAUUUGGAUUUGUGAUAA